AUGGCUGCACAGGAUGCCUUUGAACAGAAAAAGAAGGCAAUUUUGAGUGAGAUAGACUCAACCCAGCCAGAUUUGUCACCAAAAGGAACUAUCGAUGAGCUGUGUCUUCCAAUAAUCGAUCUCAUUAACGCAAGCGCUAAUAUGGUAACAACUUCAUCAUGUUCCGGUAGAGUCAGUGUGUUCUUGGAAGGCACGAAGUUAUACAAUGGGGAGGUCAAGAUAGGUGGUAAAGGGCAAGGUGGUAAGUGGCUUUACGUCACUCAUGAUCGCGGAAAAGUUAUUGGCUGGUUAGAUGAGUUGAGAUCAAAAAGUGAGUUUGCUUUCGAAUUAUCUGACAAUAAAAUACCAGUAGAGCAAGUUACAGGAAGUACCAGAUACAUUCUGUAUAAGUACGAGCCUUUCAUACUGCACGUCAAAUGCAGAGACUUUCAGGCAGCAUCCAAACUAUACAACGCAGCCAUGUCUUGUGGAUUCAGGGAAAGCGGGAUUGGCUCAAAUAAUCUCGUUGCAAUCAGGAUAAAUAUUAAACUAGACGUACCAAUCGGCUAUCUGGAUGAGGAUUCAGACACUUUGAAGUUGUUUGUGAGUCCAGAAUACGUAAGCGUUUUGGAUUCUUUAUCGUUAAGCAAAUUCGAUGAGAAUACCAGGAAAAUGCAAGCACUAUAUGAUAGAAUCGAGAGAGAACUCUUAACUCCUGCGCCGGAUUCAAAUUCUAAAGUUGAUAUAAUACCAAUCGAAACAAAGGAAGAAAGAAGAGAACGAAAAAAAAGAGAAGGUAUGGAAAGACAACGUCAACUAAAGGGCACACAAAAUGUAUUAUGA